AUGGCAGCCGACGGUGCGGGUAAACCGUUGAUGCUGGGGGUGAGCAACCCAUUUGCCGAGAACCCGUCGAUGAUGACCCUCGCACAGUAUCAGGACUCCUGUAUACCAGUGAGCAUGGAGUUUGCAAAGUCGAAGAUGCACUGGAUCAUCGCGGCCAUAUUCUUGGUGGCUGAUAUGGUGGGAGGAGGGGUGGUGGCUAUGCCGGUCGCUUUUAAACAAUCGGGUAUGAUUUGUGGCUGUGUGUUCAUGCUGGUGAUCUGUGUCAUGUUCGAGUAUACGGGAUGGGAGCUCGGUGAAGUGUGGGUCAUCAUGCAGCAGAGGUGGCCGGUCUACAAGCAGCAUUGCCGGAAACCGUUUCCGGAAAUGGCCAAAAAAGCGAUGGGCACCACGGCACAACGGUUAACCUCGCUGGCGAUUCUGAUCACGCUGUUUGGGAUCUCUGUCGUCUAUUUGCUACUCUCCGCCAACAUCAUCCACUAUUUUCUUGCCGACUAUUUGUAUAUUAAUAUCUCCGUCUGUGGCACCAUCUUCCUGUUGACGCUAAUCGUCGCCCCGUUCACACUUUUGAAAAGUCCGGGCGAUUUUUGGCUUGUCGUUGUGUUUGCGAUGGUGACCACCGUCCUCUCGGUGGUGCUCAUCAUCUAUGGCGUAUUUCUGGACCAUGGAGCCUGUCUACCGGAAGUGAAAUACCAGGAAUUCGAGCCGGGCAGUGCCUUGUUGGCGAUGGGAACCUUCCUGUUCGCCUUCUCCGGCCACUACGUUUUCCCGACGAUUGUCAACGACAUGCGACACCCCAAGAAGUUCAAGCUGUCCAUCAUUUGGGGAUUUUUGAGCGUGCUGUUGUUGUACAUGCCGCUGUCGAUCUACGCCUACUGGGUGUACGGCGACUCGAUGGAGAAGAGCGUCAUCUACAGCGUGCAAACCCGUGAGCUGCAAUUCGGCGCGAAUCUGAUGAUUGCGGCGCAUUGCAUCUUAACGCUGGUCAUCGUCAUCAACCCGGUGAACCAAGAGAUCGAGGAGUACUUCCAGGUUAAACAUAUAGCCCUUCGU